CUCUGAUGACGUCGGUGUGUUGGCCUUCGUCACGCUCUUCACGUCACGUCACCCUUCAUACGGACCACUCGACUAGGCUCUGUUUCGCUCGCCGGACCUCGCACACCCCCUCCCCUUUCCCUUCCCCUUCGGUCUCUGCUGCUCCCAUUGCAGCGACUGCUGCUGCUGCGUUCCCAACAAAGUGCGGUGCCUGGAACCUGGACCUCGACAAAGCGACCGGCCCGUUCCCCCGCCAAACUUCACCGGCUGAGAGACACCCGGACCCCGCCGUGGCUCAGGAGGAGAGGCACGGGGCGGUGAGCAGACCCAGCGGGACGGUAGCUGAGUGGGAUCGGCGCUCCCUCGACCAUGUCGGAGCGGAGGUCUAAGCUCUUAAAAGCUCUGGAUGCAGUGGAACACAUACAGGAAACAUCAAGUGACGAAGAGAAACCUCAACAUGAUGAGAUAAUUCUGUUGAACGAGGAGGACAGCGAGUCCGCAGAUGACAAGAGCUUUCUGCAGCAGGAGGUGAAGAGCGUCGCGUUCACCAUCCCGCUGAGGACGGAUCUGACCAAGGACGUGUCCAUGGUCCAGCUGUCUCCGCUGAGGCACCUCAAUAUGGAAUGCGGUGAUGUCAAGAAGUCUACAAGCUUGUACUUCGCCAAAGGAGGACGCGGGGCACGAACAUCGCCCACCCAGACCAGGGCACCAACAUCGCCCACCCAGACCAGGGCACCAACAUCGCCCACCCAGACCAGGGCCCGGUUGCCCACCGCGGAAAACUCGUCCAGGGAGCGGCCGCGCAUGCUCCGCAGCAGCCCUCAGGCCUCGGCCGCGGCGGCCGGCACGGUGGUGGGAGGGCGCUGGUUCCUGCACGCCAACGCCCAGAGCGAGGAGACACUUCAACGCAAGGAUGACGACCCCACUGGGAGGACGCAGCUGUACCCGGUGGUGGUGCUCGGAGUCAAGGAAAGACUCGGCAAUGGCAGCGACUCCGUGACCCGGGUGACCUCCGUUGCUCCAGCAGACGACGCCCUGGACGCCGCCGCCGCCAGCGUGGAGAAGGCGUCCGAGUUUUGCCGCAAGGUGAUUUUCAAGCGGGGCGGCAGGGACGUGACGGCGGGGGGCGUGCUGCUCUCCCCCGGCACGCCCACGGAGCCGGCAUCCGCCAGCGUCACCGCUCACCGCUCGGCGCUGCGCCCGCCUCUCGACGGCGCUGACAAACAGUUCUGGGCGGUCUGCAACAACUGUGGCAAGAAGAGCGAGGACCUCACGACCUGCGACUCAUGCCACAAGGUGAUCCCCGACACGGCGCGCAAGCGGCUCAAGGAAGCGGCCGAGGGCGGCGGUGGAACCGGCGGCGGCGGCGGCGGCGGCGCCAUCGGUCCUGGCGGGUCGGGGAGCGGCACGUCCAGCAACUACCAGCACCUGACGGCGAUCGGCAAGAGGUCGCCGCUGCUGCUGACGCUGAGCCUGCGGGCGCAGAAUGCGUACAGGUCCCCGGAGGAGCGCCUGCAGGCCGUAGAGUCGGCUGCCAUGAGGCUGAGAUCGACCGACGGCAGCGGAGUACCGUCGCUGUCGCCGCUGGGCAGCCCCGACCACAUCAGACUCGCCGGCAGCGGCAGCAGCAGCACCUCCCCUCGUGUGUCCGCGCGGGGCAGGGGGAGGGGGAGAGGUCGUGGAUUACGGAAGCUGCAGCUGCCCACGGAGCCGAUCGUGCUGUCGAGUGACGAUGAGGACGAGGAGACUCGGAGCUCCGGCCUCACCGCCCUGACCAUGACGCCGCUCUCGGUGUCUGAGGUCGACACUGGCUGGUGUGCUACCCCCACCAGCACCACCAGUGCGGCCAACUCCUCGGUCAGCGCUUCCCCCAUCGCCACGUCCACCACCGGCGGCACGCCCAGGGGAACCACGAGUCCCGUGGUCGGCCGCCGCAGCAUCAGAGAGCCGAGCGACCGUCGCGAGACCUCGUCGCCCGUCUCGGGCCCGUGCUCGGCCGACGAGCGUCCCGCGCUGCCGAGCGACGAAGCGGCGUCAGUGGACGAACGGCCCGCGGCCGGCGACCAGCCCGCGGGAGGAGACAACGAUGACGACUUUGGGAACCUCUUCCAGCUGUCGACCAAGUCCACCAUGAGCAUUAAGGCCAGGAUGAAGAACAAGUUGGGUCAAUGCCCGGUGCCGGUGAAACGGCCGCGCCUCACGGUGGCGAGGAGGGGCUCCCGCGGUGGCAGCGCCGGCACGGCCAGGCUGGCGCUGACGACCGUCCCCAGCAGGGUGCUGGGGCUCGACGAGUCGGCCUCCGUCAGCCUGGUGUGCCGCAUGUUCCGCGUGGGGACGCUCAAGAUCCGGGAGCCGUGUCUCGCCGUGUUUUCGGAGGAGGGAUUGCGGUUUGAAGACAUGAAGGCGGAGGCCCUGACGUUGGCCGCCAAGGAGCUCACGUUGUUUGAGAUGGCAUUCAACCGCACGUGCUCCAUGCUCUUCAUCCAGACCACAUCCAUCGCCGCGCUGCGCUUCUGCCACCAGCUGCAGAUGAGCCGUGACAAGCAGGAAUGGUUCAAUCCGACAGGCAACGACCCCAGGGAGAUGUACAUCAUCCUGGUGCUGGACAGCUACCCCGAGCAACCGGCCCAGAAAGAGCUGAAAAUCCUCAUGGAAGCCAUCGGAUGCCGCAACAGCAUCCGGGGAUUCUGCCGGCACAUCAAGACCAGCGAGGCCAACCAGAGGCUCAUCCUGGGCACGGCCGACCCGGCGGGCCCCGCGGCGGCCGAUGAGGGCCUCGCCUCCUCGUCGUCCGCGGAGGACGGAGUCCGUUCGCCCGCCGGUGGUCGCAAGGUGCCCGUUUGCGUGUUCCCGUCGUACCAGCUGCGCACCACGCGGAGGAUCGCCGUCAGCACAAGCAGCGCUAGCAGCGCGAGCGCCUCGCCGACCGGCGCCGACGGCUUCUCGGUGACCGUGGAGACGCUCGUGGUGUUCCCUCCGCCACCGGCCAAGGGCGCCAUCAGCGUGACGAACGAGGACCUCUCCUGCCUCAACCCAGGCGAAUUCCUCAACGACGUCAUCAUCGACUUCUAUCUCAAGUACCUGGUGAUGGAGAAGCUGGACAAGGCCGACUCGGAGCGGAUCCACAUCUUCAGCUCCUUCUUCUACAAGCGGCUCAACCAGCGCGACAAGAGCCGCUCGGAGGAGGCGGCCGGCCUCACGCUGCCCCAGCGGAGGCACCGGCGCGUGCGCACCUGGACACGCCACGUGGACAUCUUCACCAAGGACUUCGUCUUCGUGCCGAUCAACGAGACCUCCCACUGGUUCCUGGCAGUCAUUUGCUUCCCUGGGCUCCAGGGAAAGUGCUACGUCCCAAAGGCUAAGAGCCUCACCUUCGCAGCCAGCAACAGCAGCGGCAAGCAGGGCGGCACCACCAUCACCCCCACCAACAACAACAACGGCAGCAGUAGCAGCAGCAACAGCAACAACAGCAGCAACAGCAGCAGUGCUGCGCCCACCAGGGUGGAGGUGUUUGAUGGGUCGAAGGUCGCAGAGGAGGAGGACGGAGAGACGGAGAGCCAGGCCGGGUCGGACGACACCACGGAGCAGCUGAUGCAGCAGACGAUAAGCCUGGAGCACUCGCCCACCGACUCGGGCGAGGAGGUGGGGGAGAGCGAGGAGGGGCAGCGUCCCGCGCGUAACGGUGCCGCCCCAGCGGCACGCAUCCCGGGACGCUGCCACCGCGACGCGGACACCGUCUGCAAGCAGCCCUGCAUCGUCAUCAUGGACUCGCUCAAGGGCUCCUGUCGCAACGCGGUCGCCAAGACGCUGCGAGAGUACCUGGAGGUGGAGUGGUUCAUGCGCCGAGGGGAAGCCCGGCCCUUCACCAAGGACUCGAUGAGGUACUGCUGCCCCAAGGUGCCGCAGCAGGACAACUUCAGCGACUGCGGGGUAUACCUGCUGCAGUACGUGGAGAGCUUCUUUGAGAGCCCCGUCGCGUCCUUCGAGCUGCCGCUGCAGCUGGAGAGCUGGUUCCCGCGCGAGCGUGUGAAGCGCAAGCGGGAGGAGCUGCAGCAGCUCAUCCUGCUGCUGCACCACCAGCUGCAGCGCGCCCCCCGCGCGCUGCCCGUCGAGCGCCCCCCUCGGCACGCCACCCCCGACUCCUCCGGCACGCCGAGCCCCGAGCCCAGCGGGGACCCGUGCGGGGCACCCCGGGGGGAUGGGGACGGGGACUCGGGCGAGGGGCGAGGGAGAGACGGAGACGGAGGGGGUCGGGAGGAGGAGGCCGACGAGGAGAUGACGACGUCGGAGCGGGAGGAAGAGGGGGAGCGGGAGGAGCGGGUGGUGGAGUCGUCCAAUGACGACUGUGGGCUGGAGUUGAUGACGGAGGAGGAGGAGGAGCGGCUGGUUCGAGUGUCCAAUUCCUCAUCGUCGACAACGGACGAGUCGGAGCACAAAAAGUUCGGCGUCGAGACGUGA